GUUGCACACGUUUCCGAUCUCUUGCGUUUAAUGAUGUUCUCUGUGUGGCCAAAGUCUUCGCUAAUCGAUGAUAUAACCACAAUAUGCGUCUCGAAACUCGAUCCACUGCAAAAGGUUACGCUUGCGGCGAAAGUUGUCGGUGAUAACGGCGGAGUGUUCGAGUCGCAUGCUCACUUCAUCGCUGAUGAACAUGGCCAGGUUGAUGUUGGUCGUGACCCGUCUGUGGGUGGAUCUUACAAUGGAGUUUCAGCUAUGGGACUGUUAUGGAGCAUGAAACCCGCACCGGGUCAGAUAAAAGGACUUAGACUGAUAAAACACGAUGUCACGAAACCGUAUGUUAUCGAGCUGAAAUGCUUCAAUGACCACAUAGCCUCAAGGGAAACAUCUAAGCAGCCUAUGGCACUCACGACAUUUCUGAAGGGGUACAUGGCAGAUGGCGUGAGGCGCAUUCCUGUGAAAGAGGGUAGAAUCCGUGGAACAUUAUUUCUACCACCGGGCAAUGGACCUUUCCCAGGUGUCAUAGAUCUACUUGGCGGAGCCGGUGGACUAGUUGAAUUUAAGGCUUGUCUGCUGGCCUCUCAUGGCUUUGCCGCUCUUGCACUUGCUUACUUUGCAUACGAUGAUCUUCCUGUCGAACCAGAAUACUUGGAUCUCGAAUACUUUGAAGAGGCAGCAGAAUGGUUUCGCAAUCAUCCCAGUGUUGUGUCAAAUGGCGUGAGUUUGCACUCAAUCUGUUUGGGAAGCUGGCUUGGGCUUCUCCUUGCAAGCUACCGAAACGACUUGGUAAAAGCUGUGGUAGCGAUAUCACCAUGGAAUGCCCCUUUUUGGAUUCCUUACUUAUACAAAGGAAAACUGUCAAAUGUAUUUCGCUAUGAAAUCGAAAAUGUGCAGGAAACAGAUGAAGGCAUCAUAUAUAGCAAUUGUGUGGCGCGUGCGAAGGAAUUUGCUCUUCCUUCAGCCGAGUUAGCAGCACUCACACCAAUAGAACUAAUCACGUGUCCUGUAUUACUCGUUUAUGGAACUGAUGAUAAGAUCAUUGAUUCGGAAUUCACCACAAAUUGUAUAUCUGAACGUCUGAAAGCAGAGGGAAAGGAAUCCUUAUGUACCAUUUUACGACAUCCCAAUGCUGGUCACCUAAUUGAACCUCCCUACACUCCACUUACUCAUUUAGCUUAUAUGAAGAUUUUUAAGCAAUAUUGGGUGUCUGGAGGGAAGCCCAACGAACACGCCUUAGCGCAGGAAAUCACGUGGAGGAAAAUUUUAGAUUUCCUUGGACAAAAUCUAAGGACCUGUAAGAGCAAUUUAUAAUACAAACAAAAACACAAAAACGAUAAAUUGUUAUGGUCUUAAGAGCUAAAUCCAAUCGGAUGUAUGCUUGUUGUAUUCCAGGGUGAUCAAUAGAUUUUUAAAAUGCCAAUGUUCCAGAUUUAAAAUUUUUUGUGCGUUUGAAACUGACUUUUCCAACUUAGUGCAAACAAACACGGUCGCGAUUUGUAAAAAUCUGAAAUGAUAAUGGCAGGAGAGCGAAGGGAGAAAAGAGGAAUAAUGAACUAAACAAACAAAAAAAAGAUCUGGACACUUGUCAUAGCAAAGACACCUGCUUCAUCCUUAAUA